AUGAACCAAUCAACUGUGACAGAAAUUAUUCUUCUGGGAUUUUCAUUAACACCUGAUAAGCGUAUUUGUCUCUUUAUUAUAUUUCUUCUCAUCUAUUGUUCGACAAUUCUGGUCAAUGCUCUCAUUAUAUUAGUAGUCUACUAUGACCAUCAUCUUCAUAACCCAAUGUAUUUUUUUCUCAGUAACUUUUCAUUCCUUGAAAUAUGCUAUACCACAGUCACUGUGCCCAAAAUGUUGUCUGAUUUAAUUGUUCAAAAUCCACUUAUAUCAGUUGCUGGCUGCAUUACUCAAUAUCAUUUUUUUUCUUUUUGUGCCGCUACUGAACAUUUUCUUCUGGUUAUCAUGGCUUAUGACCGCAAUGUGGCUAUAUGUUAUCCUCUUCAUUACAGAAGCAUUAUGAAUAUGAAGACUUGUACUCAACUUGUUUGCAUAUGCUGGGUCACCAGUGCAGUAUCUCUAACAGUCCCAGCAUUCAGUGUUUCAAGGCUCUAUUUCUGUGGACCCAACACUAUCGAUCACUUUUUCUGUGAACUUAACCCACUAUUAAAACUAUCCUGUACAAAUACAUUCAUUCUCCAAACCAUUUUUAAUUGCCUUUCAUGGAUUAUAAUACUUGGUUGCCUAAUAUGCAUUUCUGUUUCCUAUGUCAACAUAAUCUCCACUAUCAUAAAGAUCCCUUCCAAACUUGGCAAAAGGAAAGCCUUUUCUACAUGUGCAUCUCACCUAGCUGUGGUAGGAAUAUUUUAUGGAACAGUCAUUUUUAUAUACCUCAGACCAACAGUAAAUAUUCCAUUUCAUCAAAAUAAAGUAGUCUCCAUAUUUUACAUUUUAGUUACCCCUAUGCUGAAUCCCAUUAUUUACAGCUUUAAAAAUGAGUCUUUAAGGAAAGCUGCUGCUAACUGCAUGGAGAAAGUAAGAAUUAUUUUUUUUAUGAAAGCUGCAUGA